AUGUCAGCCAUUAUGAAUGUAAUAGGGGCAAGUGUAUCUGAAGCAUUCUAUGCAGCACAUGAGACUAGAGAUAUUGUAUUGCCAAACCAGAAAGAACAUGUAUCGCAAAUAGCUGUUGAUAUUGGUGGGUCUCUAGCAAAGAUAACUUAUUUCACAUUAUCAGCAGAUGGAAAAGGAGGGCGACUUCACUUCAAAAAGUUCGAAACUGAAAAUGUAGAUGAAUGUAUUGAUUAUAUUGUGGCUCUAUUAAAAGAUGCACAGCAACACCAUCAUUUUGGACAGCCUGUAGUUUUGAAAGCUACCGGCGGAGGCGCUCAUUUAUAUUACGACAAGCUAGCAACGAGGCUACAUGGUGUUAUAAUUGAAAAAGAAGACGAGAUGGAAUGCUUAAUUACUGAGAUACCCUAUGAAGUAUUUACAUAUAGUGAAACUGAUCCAAAUCCCAUUCAAUUUGAAGAAAGGCUGAAGAAUAUAUACCCUUACAUGCUCGUUAAUAUUGGUUCUGGUGUUAGUAUUUUAAAAGUUGAUGGUCCCGGACCUAACAAUUUCUCGCGUAUCAGUGGUACAUCAUUAGGAGGUGGUACUCUCUGGGGCUUAUUAUCCAUGUUGACAGAUGCUCCGUCAUUUGAUGAUAUGCUGGAAAUGUCAAAAACAGGAGAUAACAGAAAUGUAGACUUAUUAGUAGGAGAUAUAUAUGGUUCAGAUUAUAGUAAACUUGGAUUGAAAUCAACACGAAUUGCAAGCAGCUUCGGCAAAGUUUUCAAAAAGAAAAGUAAUAUUAAUGGGAUGUUGACAGCGAAACAGCAUAAAGAAAGCUUUGCUCAAGGAGAUAUCGCAAAAAGUCUGUUAUAUAUGGUCAGCAAUAAUAUUGGCCAAAUAGCUUACUUAAAUGCUCAACAACAUGGCAUUAAGAGAAUAUAUUUUGGAGGAUGCUUCAUUAGAGGACAUCCUAUUACCAUGAACUCUUUAUCUUACGCUAUUAGGUUCUGGUCAAAUGGUGAGAUGAAAGCGCUAUUUUUGCGUCAUGAAGGGCAUUUAGGCGCAACUGGUGCUUUUUUAAAACACCAACCUGUGCGUAAAGCGAGACAUUCUUAUUCAUGUUUGGACACUAAUAUACCAGAUACCAGUACUGUAUUUAAUGAUAUUAAAACCUCAGAAGAGAUACGUAAAGUCGAAAAUUAUCAGAAUUUGUAA